AUAUAGGAAGCAAUGAAUGAAAUCGACCUGGAUAAAUCAGGCACUGUUGACUUUUUUGAGUUCUUAAGUGUAGCAAGACUUGUCACACAGCAGAAAGGUAAGUUUUUUAGAUCCUCUAAUUAAGGCUCAGUACUGUAUUCAACAUACAGUACAUAGCUCUCUAUAUUUUUUAACAGCCCAUAAAAAUUGCUGUUCUUAAAUUUGUCAAACAAUACAUCGACAUUUGAAAAAACUUGCCUUGUGUUUUACGAUUUCCCGCAAUACAUUUCCCCUAAUCCGUUUUUAUAUGAAGAUACUGCAGAAUAACAACAUAGCGACGCACCUGCGAUCAUUGCUGGAAUUUUCAACCCUCCUUUUCACGUGUGUAGAUAUAUAACCAAUCAGAAAUAGGGACUAUAUUUGUCAAUAAUUUGUAAACAGUGAAAUUGCAAACAAUGUUAGCUGACUUUUUUGUGGUCAAUUUUUCUUAUUUUAUAUGGUCUAUUAUAACAUAUUGCGCAGGGACGGUGAAAUUACCUUAGUGUGGCUAUUUCUUGACUAAAUUCAAGUAACAGGUGUUUCUUUCGAAAGAAUUAAUAUACAAUAGCGUAAUGGAUACGGCACUAACUCUACUGGGUUGGGGGAGGGGGGGCUGUGUCCAGAAAAAUACUCCUCCGAGAAAAUUUUGAAUAAUAUUUAGUCCCUCAGAAAGCACAGAAAUGCAACUAAAAUUUUGCAUUUGUAGCAUGCGUUCACUUUUAACUUACACGUUUGUCCGUCAGUGCUGUUAUAAUUUACCAGAAAAUCAUCCCAAGUCACCUCUCAAUUCGGCCCUGUACUCAUAUUGAGGGUGUUACACCCCUCCACACCCUCGGUCGCUUCGGCCCCGAUCAUGUGUAUUAGAUUUCAGCGUAGGUAUAGCGAUGAACAAUAUUCAUGAUUGAGCUCGGUUGUAGAAAUUAACUACACCUGUAUUAUGCUGUAAAUAUAAAAAUAACUUUGACGUUUCAGCGAAAGACUGGUAGACAGUUUCAGCAAACGCAACGCGACGUCAAUCAGGACGUGAACAUUACGUCAUACACCUUGCAUUUACUUCCGGUUUGAAUCUGCGACUUCUAUCUAGGACCUGUAUAUGAGUUUGUAUGCGUUUCAUUUAGGACACAUAUCACACAGGUGAACCAUCACACAGGUGAACACAUAUCACACAGGUGAACCAUCUUAAACAACAUAUCUUUUAAAACCAGAGAUUCUGCCGUAUUGGAUUGGCUAUUAACAAAUAGACCUAAGAUGUUUGAAGUAUCUAGAUUGCCAAAGGUUGGUUCGUCUGACCACUAUACGAUCUUAGCAAAACCAAAUAUAGCAAUAUCAUCUAAACACACUAUUACCAAAAUUAGAAUCCGAGACAUGCGGAACUCUGCGUGGUGUGCCUUUGGACGAUGGAUAACCAAAAAAAACUGGUCAUCGGUAUUAAGUGCGAGUACGAGCAAAGAUAAAUUUGACCUUUUUAUGUCAGAGCUUGACCAAGCAGUUAAUACCUUUCUCCCACAGAAAAUGAUUAAAAAGCAUCCGACAGAUCGACCGUGGAUUACUAAUACGAUAAAACUGUGGAUUUCUAGACGCCAAUGUGUAUUCCAACAACAAGGAAAAAAAUUCUAAAGACUAUAGUUUUUGGAGCAAUAAGGUUCAACGUGCGAUCCAGUCAGCAAAAUCCAAUUACUUUCAUAGUAAGGUAGCAGAUGUUGAUAGAGUUAACCCUGUAAAGUGGUGGAAAGAGAUUAAAAAACUAUCAGGUCAAAAUAACCGACAGGAAUGGUAUCAUCAGUUCCUUGAUAACAACACGGAUAUAGAAUCCCUAGCUAAUAAAGUGAACGACUUCUUUGUUAGUCUUACAGAUCACUUCGCCCCUCUGAGCCAACCAACUCCACCUAUGCAAAUCCCGGAAGAAUUCUUGGUUACGGAAAGUGAGGUGUUUAAAGCAUUAGCAUCACUGCAAAUUAGUAAGGCGAUUGGCCCUGAUAAUAUCCCGAAUAGAAUUCUGAAAGAGUUUGCUCCUGAACUGGCUCCAGUCAUUCGUAAUAUUUACAACCAGUCAAUGAAAGAAGCGAAUAUCCCAUCACCACUUAAGUCAUCUAUCGUAAUUCCAGUUCCGAAGAUAUCACCUCCUCAAACAAUUGAAAAUGAUCUCCGCCCAAUCUCGCUUACUUCUUCAAUGGCAAAAGUUAUGGAAGGCUUUACUUGCACUAGACUAUUAAAGGACUUGGAAGGAAAAAUCGACCCUCGCCAAUAUGCCCGCAAAGGGCACUCAACAACAGAUGCCCUUCUCUACAUGAUGCAAACAAUUCAUGAGGCAUUGGACGGGGGCGAAGCUGGUGCUCGUAUCUUUUUCGCAGACUUCUCAAAAGGUUUUGACCUAAUUGACCACUCUAUUUUAAUACAAGAACUGUAUAAGCUCCAGGUUCACCCUGCCUUGCUGUCCUGGAUCUCAGCCUUUUUAUUCAAUCGUAGGCAGGCGGUUAGAAUUGGUAGUGUCCUUUCUCAAUGGCAAACUCUGAAGGAAGGAAUACCCCAAGGGACUAAACUCGGAGUGGUGCUCUUUAUGGUCAUGACAAAUAGCUUACUGGCUAAUUGGCAUCUCCGUACAAAAUUCGUGGAUGAUACUUCAGCCCUCGAGAUUAUUCCUAGGAACUCUAUCAGCCUCCUUAAUUUUGCAGUCUCUGAUAUACAUGAAUUUGCUAAUGAACAUAACAUGAAGCUCAAUCCUAAGAAGUGUAAGGAAAUGCUUAUAAACUUCCUACAUAAUCCCAAUUUCUUACUCCGACCAAUCCAAAUUGGUAACAAUAUUAUUGAGCGUGUAACAACGUAUAAAUCUUUGGGUGUCAUUUUGAGUAGCGACCUAAAAUGGAAUCCCCAUAUCGAAUACAUUGUUAAGAAGGCUAACAAAAAACUAUACCCUUUAAGAGUCCUGCGAAGAGCUGAGGUUGACCAAAAGAAUUUACUGAAAGUGUACCUGUGCACAGUAAGACCGGUUCUUGAGUACGCCGUCCCUAUUUGGCAAGACAUUCCGGAUUAUCUAUCGAAGGAAAUUGAGUCGGUCCAAAAACGAGCACUAAAGAUAAUUUUCUCGGAGAGCGAGUCAUAUGCGGAGGCCCUGAAUUUUGCACAACUACCAACUUUAACCACAAGAAGAGUGCAAUUAUGUCAGAAAUACAUGGUCAGAAUGAGGCGAGAAAACCAUCCCUUAUUGCCAAUCCCUGUUGUUCCUGACCAUGACAUUAAUUUGAGACAGAACACUGAUCGAUUUUAUCUAUUUAAUAAUGUUACUGAUUGCAGAACAAUUAAAGCUCAAUCCUUUUUUUACAUUUAAAUACUCUUAAUAUGUAAAGUUUUUUUUUUAACAUAUAUGAAAAUUGUAAAUAAUUAUGCAUGCACUAUUUACUAUUUUGGUAAAUGCUUAAUGAUUUUAACUCUUGUAAAUAGCCUAGAUUCUAAAGCAUAUCCAUGUACUAUUUUAUAGCAUAUUCUUAUCUAUUGUAAAGUACUCGUUAAUUCAGUUGUUUCUGUAACUGCAAGAGAGUCCUAAUAAACUAUUACUAUUAUUACUAUUACUAUAGGACAGGUAAUCUCAACUGUUUUAGGGUAAAAUGACCAUGGCGGUCAACAUGGCAUAUGUGCCUAAACCUGAAUCCGGGACGACAGUCCUAAAAAUGAGCCCGUCCUGAAACGGCAGUGUCGACAUAGCUCUAACUUCCGAAAAGGAAAAGCAAUAGCCUUUCUGAAGUGCUUAUAGUGUUCAGAAGGGUUGGUUUUAGGGGUACGUGGUCACUGGAAGGAAAAAUUUGUCUAAGUAUAAUAUUUUACAAGAAAAUGACCAUGCACCACCCCAGGUGAAUUGCUAAUUUUACACAAAAUAACUAAUAUGCCUGGCAGAAAUUAAAUUUUCUUAUUUCCUAAAAGCAAUUAUCAUGGGGUGAAAAACUAUGCUCAAUUUAAUAUAAUUAUUGUGGAUUUCAUAGGGUUUGUCAUUAUUUUCAUUAAAUAUAAUACAUUUUAUUUCACUUACCCCCCACGAAAACACGAUUUCAGCCAUAUUUUGCCGUCUUGUUUGCUUUUUAUCGCCGAAUAUGGCAAAUAGACCAUAGUUUUACACCCCAUGAUUUUUUUAGGAAAUAAGAAAAUUUAAUUUCUGCCAGGCAUAUUAGUUAUUUUGUGCAUAAUUAGCAAUUUACCUGGGGUGGUGCAUGGUCAUUUUCUUGUAAAAUAUUAUACUUAGACAAAUUUUUCCUUCCAAUGACCACCCCCAAAACCAACCCUUCUGAACAUUGUAAGCACUUCAGAAAGGCUAUUGCUUUUCCUUUUCGGAAGUUAGAGCUAUGUCGACACUGCCGUUUCAGGGCGGGGUCAUUUUCAGGACUUUCGUCCCGGAUCCAGGUUUUGGCAUAUAUGCCAUGUUGAGAUUACCUGUCCUAAAUGAAACGCACACAAGAAGAAGAAGAAUUUGAAGAAGAAGAAGAAGAAGAAUAAUUUAUUCGCACCAGUCAAAAAUACAUAAUUACAAAUUUUUUUCCACUCAUUAUUAAAACAGAGUUGGCACAGGAUAUCUGAAGUAGCUUUAACACUAAUCGAAGUCAGAUAACCAAACAAACUCAUAUACAGGUCCUAGACUAUUCGUAUUUAUCUUUUUCGCCGCUUGCAUAUUUUUUUAUCGUUUUCAAUAUGUCAAGUUAUGUGUACUAGAUGCUUUAUUAUGGGUGCGGAGUUGGUGCAGAGUGUUUUUUGAAGAUUUUCAAUGAACAUUCAACAAGUUGUUUUUGAACAAGUGAAUUUUAUCGCAAUAUUCGGAUGAAACCGCAAAAGCUUCAGGUAUUGUUGACGAGUUAAAUAUUUUGGUUUCUAUUUGAUUUAAUCAAAUCUAAGCUGUUCGAUAUUAAUCGGCAUAUCAGAGUUUACAUUAGUGAAAUUCAAUGUUGUUUACGACUGUUCUCCACGCCAGGUACUUGAUGUAGUUUCCGUGCACAUAUGUCAAGGCAACUAAAAUUGUUCUGUUUUUAUUUGUUUAAGUGCUUUAAUUAUUCUACAUUCCUACUUUUUUCUACAUUUUAAAGUCUUGUUAUUGCCGUCUGACAAAAUGUCCGAUGCUGCGAGUUUGGGUCGGACAUGAUAUGUGUGAUGAUGUCCAAUGUCGACGAUCUUCAUUUCAGUUUGGCUCGGAAAUAAGUCUGAAUGAUAUGCACGAAUUAAUAUCAGCACAGUGCUGAUAUUAAUUCGUGACAGCACAAUGUAUUAAUUCUGAACGUUAAAUGUUGUGAAGAUAUAAAAUAAUUUGCGUCAUUCAUAUACUUUAUUUCCGAGCCAAAACUAUUUUAAUAUUUUGGCUCGGAAAUAAAGUAUAUGAAUGACGCAAAUCAACUAAAAUUGAUUGCAAAGAACCUCGCCAAGAGCAGCAGUAAGACUUCGUCAACUUAAAAUGGCUCCCUACAGACUACAGUUCUAAAGAAACAGCAGCGAAAAACAAGGUCUUCACAAUGACGCAAAAUAUUUGCUAUUUAUGUGGAAUGGGGAAGUAAAACGGCUUGCGUAAUCCUUAUACUUCGAGCUAGUUUUGAAUUAAACGUUAGAAAUUCAUUACUCAACUGUCAAUUUAACGUAAACAAGGUUAGAGACGAGUGAAGCAAGGUUAAUGCAACAAAAUACAUGGAAUAUCUUCGUUUAAUACACCCUUUCGAUAAUUACGUCACAACUACACUUUUUUCAACUUAGGACCACUUUAAUGAAAAGGAUUUCAAGUUUUUUUCCUCAUGGGCUAUGCACAGAGAAGCAGAACAUCCUUCUUCAACACAUGCGCGAAAAACAAGUUUGGAUUUUGAUCAAUAAAUAUGGAAAUAAGCAUUAACACGAAAACGAGGCUCCAGGUCAUGACCUUGGUCAAAAUAAAGAACUCUUUCAUGUAUGUGUUGAAGAAGGAUGUCUGCUUCUCUGUGCAUAGCCCGUGAGAAAAAAAACUUGAAAUCCUUUCCAUUUAAGGUGGUCUUAAGUUGAAAACAAUAUUAUCGAAAGGGUGUAUUGCAAACGUUUUUUGCUAUUUUGGUAUAUUCACCCAAAUUGGUUCAUUUUAGAGCUUUAUAAAUUCUUGUGAACUUCCAUUUCUCUCAAAUCAUCAAUCAUCUCGAUUCCAGUGUAAUUGACAUAUAAUUUUAGCACAUUGCGGGCAUAUAUUUUUCAACGACAAACACAAAAUACCUAUCACGUCACCUCGUUAAGCCAAGGCGGGGUUGCUUGAAAAAACCCAGUUGUUUCGCAGUUUACUGGGAGCAAUAGUACUUGGUUUUUUACUUUGCUAAAAUUGCUAGUUUUUCACCUUAAUUUUCUCAUAUCUAUAUACAGGUACGUUGUGCUAACAAAAAGUUACUAAGCCAGAACAGUGUGCUUCUCUUUCUAGCUUUUGAUAAUAGAAUGAAAUGAAGAAAAUACUGAAUUUUGGCAAAUCGCCUCUUGUGCAAGUUUAAAUUGUACGAAAAAGGCGACUCAGAAAAUGUGUUAAGUAUUUUUGUUUUGAAUUUCACAAUUUUAUUGAAGCUAUUAGACGACAUUUUGUGAAAGGAAAUUUUUUGCUCUGUUUUGUUUUGGACUGAAAUAAUCGAUAUUAAUAGUUUACAUUGUAAACAUGGUGGUGGCAAUAGAGGAAAUCAUAGUAUUACUGCAACAUUUUUUUCCAGUUAAUCCAAUUUUUGUGGUGAUUUGUGGCCCUAAACAGCCGCUGCAAAAUUGUUUCAUGUUGUUUAUGUUUUUAAUCAACCAAACGGAAGCACAGUUUUCGCGCAUGCUCAGACAAUUUCCCCACUUGUUGUCCCAAAUACAAUGUUAAUGACGUCCUAGAUUAAUCCGGAAGUAAAAAUCACACUUGCCCCAGCACGCCAUUUUCACGUCCUCGUCGCGUUGCGUUUGCUAAAGUAUGCAGUCUACUUUCACCUGGACGUCGACGUCUGUCAGCAAAACACGUGUGCUUCAAUCCGGCUACAUUUGGCUACAUUCUCGGGGGUGGAAACAGAAUAUUGAAUACUGAGUUUUAAAGUAGUUUGAAUAUGACUUUUUAUUGUAGGAAUGUGAAUAUUCUCAGUCAUAACAUGCUUGUUUUAUAUUCCAUUAACGUAUAUCAAUAAAUUGAUUCUACUCGAGAAUUCACCUAACCUGUCUCCUCGUUUGCUAUCUCUGUUUUUAUUCAUGGAGUCGUUUUUCGUUUAAUUUGUAGGAAAAUCUGCCAUUUUCAAAAAGAAGAGGCUUACUGCACUACAAAAGUCCACACAAGCCAGUUCCAAAAUCUGUGUCAUACAAUGAAAAUAUUGCCCCUCAUCAAAGUUAUCGCUUCUUAAUUGCAAUUUUUCCAAAUCUGACAAAAUGCUGUUAGUUAGCGGAAACACCACUGUCCUUCAAAAUAGAAUUAAACAGGUGGGGAAAUUGUCCUUGUUUAUUGCGGGCAAAUUCUUUCUGCCAGCCAGUUUUGUUGAAAACAACGAAAAUUCAGUUUAGCCCAAGGCGCUUGUUUACACGCAUGAACACAACAUACACGCAUGUAGUCACCAGAAGACACGUAGUUUAUACACACUCAAAAUACACGCGCAUUUCUUUUGCGCAUGCUCAGACAAUUUUCCCACCUGUUGAAAAAUGACAAAAUGUGAGAUAAGAAACAGUUUUUUCUUAGUAGUGAAAAUAAUUGGCUCAGUAUGAAAAACUCAGAUAUUUUCUGAAUACUUCAUUUGUCAAUAUAUAUGUUCGAUUGUGAGUUGAACUUACUUGAAAACAUUAAAAACGAUAUAUACAAUCAGUUUCAAAUGUGUUGGGAUAGAUGCACCAACUGUCUACCUAUUAUUCUGAUAAACCUCCGUCCUUCCCGCCCCCAUUUCAUUCAGU